UUUUUCCCAUCUGCUUAUUGUCACAGUAAACAAGCCCAUCACAACGAUAGCGAUCCCGAAUUCUUGAUUGCGAAAUCCCCCUAUUGCUCACUGCUCGGGAGCCUCGGCCACUGGUUGUCACGUUCCAUUCCCAAGUGCCGGACCGUGUUUUGGAGAAACUCGUUUUCCUCCUCCUGUGCCUGGCUUGGCACAGCGGUCACUUCCUACCGACAAAUUACCACUGGUACACCUACUCUCCAAGAUCAACACGCCUUGCUCCUGCAUUUCAUCAACCUGACAGGCGAACAUCCAGAAAUCACUCUCCAAUUUGUACUGCAAAUAGGGUGAAAGGGCUAAGAAGAGGUUGGUUAAGUGGAAGGUGAAUACAGGAAAAAAAAAAAAAAACCUCCUGGAUAUACAGAUUGAUUACACGCCUCGUUCCAUCUAAUCACUUGCCCUCAGUCUCGAGCCAAUUGUUUCGCACUCGCUCGCAGACGCUUAGCUUCUACGGUAUCAUACUUCCCCAGAACCUCGCCUUCACUCUUCACCCUUCCUCCUUCUCCAUUCUGCAGCCCGGCCUUCUACCUCAUUUCUCAUUUCCGCCAUGAGAGCAUAGGAACGUCAUUUCCUCAUAACAUCCAGAAAAUCAAAUGUUUACAGCAACACGAAACUUUUUCAGACGCAACCGCAGGAACUUUGCUAUCGGCGUCGGUCUUGCCGGCGCUGGCUACCUUGUCACCAAUUAUGUCUUAUCGAAGCUCUCGGAUGCCCGAGAGCGCAUGUCCAGUGACCGGAUAGCCCGUGAAAACCUUCGCCGGCGGUUUGAACAAAAUCAGGAGGAUUGCACAUUCACCGUGCAAGCGCUACUCCCUACGGCUACACAAUUGAUUCUCGAGGAGUUGCCCGUUGAGAAACUGACCCAGGAGCUACAGCAGAAGAAGGCUGCGCGAAUCGCGAAGAGCGGAACUCUUGCAGGAACUGGCAUACCGACUGAUGCGGCAUCCGAGGCUUCGACGGCUAUUACUGCGUCCGGAGGUAAGGACGACGAUGCGCAAUCGGUGCAAUCCUUCGCCUCGGAGUCGUACGUGAUGCCGCAGAGAGAAGGCGAGGAGAAGCCGGCAAAGAAGUCAAGGGUGAAGCUUUGGGACGAGAUCAAGAUUAGCUCUUUAUCACGGUCCUUCACUCUGCUGUACACCCUCACCCUCCUUAAUUUACUGACCAGAGUCCAACUCAACCUCCUCGGCCGUAAAAACUACCUAUCCUCCGUAGUCACCUUAUCGGCCCGCGAUGGCGAGCCCACAAUUCGCCUCGAAGAUCAUGAGACCAGAGGUUAUGGAACGGACAUGGCAACUAACCAGCAAUACCUGACCUUUUCUUGGUGGUUACUGAACCAGGGGUGGCGACGACUGCUUCAGAAGGUCGAUCAAGCUGUUCGGGAGGUUUCCGCCUCAUGGACAGCAAGGGACACCAUCUCACUAGGGCAAAUGAAACAGUUAAUCAUCGAGACCCGGAAGAUCAUCGAGGCGGAGAGCGGACCCAGACCCACCAGUAUCUGGCUUCCAUAUCUCCUCCCCCCACGCUCUGACGAAGCCAUAGUCUUGGCCGAAUCCGGAAUCGCCGCAACCCCCGAGGGCGAAGACCUUGACAUCGUCUCCCCAUCUCUCCGCCGCCUCCUGGAUGAGACUUCGGACCUCAUAGACUCUCCCAACUCCUCGGCCGUGAUGCGCAAAAUGCUGGACGCUGGCUUCGACUUCUUGCUGGAGAAACUCGCUGAUGGAGCGUUCAAGCAAAAGGACAUGGCGCUGCCGCCCGUCAUAACGGCAGAGAACCGCAUCACGCCUAUGCGCGAUGGUGACGAAGAGAGGGCUUUGAUGGAGAGUGAUGCUGCGACGACAAAGUUUGCCAGUGUGCUCGCUGUGCUCACGAGACUGGGGCAUUUGAUUGGGAGUGGAGUGCCGAAUGAGUACUUGCAGGUUAUUGAACAACAAAAGGAGUUAGAAGCUUUCAGCGCUUUGGUAUAUUCGUCAAAUUUUGAAUUCAUUGCCGAGGGGGACGACAGUCCUGCGUCUUGGUUUUGA